AUGUGCUCUAUCAAUAUGAUUUUCUUAGAGAGUAUCAGCAGAACCAACAGCAUAUUUGUUAUAUUUAAGCUAUUAGAUUAUUCUAUCUAGUUUUAAUUAGCUUAUAUACAAUAUUUAAAUAUUAACUCUCUUAUAUCUAAUCUACUAUUCAUAACUCAUCAUAUUAAUUACUCAUCAUAAAUAAAAUUAAAAUAUACAAUUAUCAUGUUUUUCCUUCAACCCCAAUAAGAAAAAUAGUAAGCAACUAGAGAAUUCAGAAGCAAGCAAUUGAAAGAAGUGUUUAAAGCAGCCAUUUUAUUUGGAGUAUUAAAAUUAGCAGCAAUUGUAUUCAAACCUAAGAAGGCAUGA